AUGACGACGAAGUACGAUAGAGCGAUAACAGUUUUUUCUCCGGAUGGGCAUUUAUUUCAGGUGGAAUAUGCCCAGGAAGCUGUAAAGAAAGGCUCAACGGCCAUAGCUGUACGUGGAAAGAACUGCGUUGUCCUGUGUGUUGAAAAGAAGGCGACAAAUAAGCUUCAAGUAGAGGGACCACUCAGGAAAAUAUCACUGGUUGAUGACCAUGUUGCCGUUGCUUUUGCAGGACUGACAGCUGAUGCCCGGGUUCUUAUCAACCGCAUGCGAGUUGAGUGUAAAAGUUACAAACUUACCGUUGAAGACCCGGUGUCUUUGGAGUAUAUUGCUAGAUACACCGCCCAAGUGAAGCAGAAGUACACACAAAGCAACGGCCGACGCCCUUUUGGUGUAGCCAUCCUCAUUGUAGGCUUUAAUCAAGACGGCACACCACACCUUUAUCAAUCUGAUCCUUCCGGGACGCAUUUUGAAUGGCUAGCUAAUGCCAUCGGUAAGGGUUCCAAAGUUGCUCGAGAAUUCUUGGAAAAGAAUUACAGUGAGCAGGCCGUGGCGGAUGAAGAGGGGACCGUAAAAUUGGCCGUCAAAACACUUAUGGAAGUAAUGCAAUCGGGUGCCAAGCACAUGGAACUCGCAGUCAUGCGAUGGAAACCACCGAAGAGCCCUGGCGAUCGCUUUGUUGAAUGGCAGUUGCUAGAACAUGAUGCGAUCGAAAAGUAUGUGCAGUGCAUCGAAAAGGAACGUGAAGAGGAGGCGGAGCGAAAACGCCAGAAGAAAGAGACUGUCGCCCCCUGAUGACCAUUGACCUCACCAUCUGAAUUGUGAUGCCCAUUGAAAAAAUGCACUAACCGUUCGUAAUACAGUGUUAAUAAACAUUCACCUGGCUGCUGUCAAUAGCGACCGGCCUAGGAUAGGGGUUAGUUACAAAUUACUGGGAAGCAGAACAUUGAUGUACAUAUCUUUGUACAUGAGUCUUUGGCCUGGAUCAGGUUUAUCACAAAGGUGACUCGGCUGUACGUUGAAUCCGAUUUAAUACUGUCCAUCACUGGCAUCGCUCAGACUUGCUUCCAUUAUAUUGUCAUCAAAGGCAGGCGAGUCAUCUGUUCUGUCUGCGCCAUCCUUUCCGCUGCUUCGACAUUCCGAAUCACAGGGUUCGCUGAGAAUAGGUAGGUUCAGUGCUUUCUGGAGCCGGUCCACUGUGUCCCGGUCGAGAUAUUGCAACACGGAUUGGAUCGAACCAGCUAGGCGUUCGCGCAUUUCGUGCAUGCAUGAUAAGGCCUA